AGAAAAACAGUGCACGAUCACCCUAGCUACGAGGAGAACGUGUCAGUCGUCCCUAGCGUGGCGCUCUUAACGUCUUUAUUGGCCUCUGCCCGUGUGUGGUCCUUGCGGAGAGUGGCCGAGGUGUUCCGGUGAAUGCUCUCGUGAAUUGCGAGUCGUGUUGCCCUCGUCUUAAAGCGCGGGGCUGGAAUUGAUUUGCGUAGAGGUUUAAAGGAAGGUUGUGGAGUGUUGAGUGAGUAUGCCCGGAACCCCCCGUGGUAAGAUGCGGGUAUCCUAGCCAACAUUCGCUGGGUCCUCUGCCCUGUGGCCCACCCAGGCUUCGUCCGAAACCAAGAGGCACUAUUACGGAUCUUCUUCUUCCUCCUCCACACACAUACGCUCAUCCAACACCGUUUGUCCCGUGAACGAGUACGAAAUGGCGCGCCGGUUCGAGGCUGAGGAUUCUGAGGGCUCCAACGAUGCCAUGUCACCCUCCAAAGCAAAGGAUGGAAUGGUGAACAACAUCACUCUGUGGCAGUUCUUACUGGAGCUCCUGCUAAGCAACCAGUAUAAGCAUAUUAUCUCGUGGACCAACUCGGAGGGAGAAUUUAAACUGCUGAAUGCCGAAGAGGUGGCGAGGCUAUGGGGUCUACGGAAGAACAAGACUAAUAUGAACUAUGACAAGCUGUCCCGCGCCCUACGUUAUUACUAUGAUAAGAACAUAAUCAAGAAGGUCCUUGGACAGAAGUUCGUGUAUAGAUUUGUUUCAUUUCCAGAGAUUGUUAAGAUGGAGAAUAAAAUUUCUUUCCAUGCAAAGAUGGAGAGUCUGGGAAACAAUAGCAAUACUAAAGUUGCAAGCGGAGGUAUGUCGCCUUACUCACCCAGUGCUUCAGGGCUACAGCCUGGUGCACCCUCCCCGUCCAGUAGUCACCCGGGAGGGUCUAGGCUACCCUCACCUGCACACGCUUCAACGCACCAUUUAACUACACCUCCUCCAGCACAUAUUGGCUCCUAUUCCUCUCUCAGUCCUUUGGCACACAUGUAUUCUGCAGCAUUUUCCCAUAUGGCUGCUGCAAGUUUAGGAGGGUAUCUAUCUGCUUUAGCACGGAGGCCAGAGCCUGAAUCCCCUGCCCCAUCACAGCCACCACCUACACUAUGGCCACCCGAUCUUGGUCAGCGUUCACCCUCUCCACCCUCAGAAGAUUCUACAGAUGGUUUACCUUCAGCACCGUUACAUCUUGUAACUGAAGAAGCCAGUCGCCGUCGUCGAGAAGAAGAAGCUGAGGAGCGCAGGAGAGAGGAGGAACAACGGCGCCCACGUUCACGUUCUCCGCGUUCACAAUCCCCAUACCAGCAUUCACCCGUGCCACCAUAUCAACAAUCGCCUAUACCACGUGUGCGCUCACCACUUCGUCAGAGGUCACCAUUGCCCUCCCCGCCGCCUCUGUCACCUCUUACGCCACCUCCAGUUCGGGAACAUAAACCACCUCUUAGUUCUGCUGCUUCUUCGUCAGCAGCCACUUCUGUUACUGGGACCAAUGCUGGACUAGGCAAGGGACGCUCAGGACCAAAACCUAAGCCAUCACCCCUAUCAAUUGAGGCUAUAACUGGGUCUCCACCAGUCUUGUCUCCACGUCAAUUUUCAGCAUCUAGCCUAAAUACACCAUUAGUAAAUCUACCAUCACCCCCAUACAGUGGUGUUGGCACAAAAUCUCCAUACCUACCAUUACAUUUGUGGUCUAGUUUGAGCCCCCUAGCAAGUUUGAGCCCACACUAUGGGUCACCACGGAAUCACCAUCAUUUCACCUUUCCUGCCCUGCCCCAAUACUCUCACCUGCACCCACCAGUAGUCUCACCACUACUUCCUACCACAACGUUUGAUUUCUCUGCACUCACUUCACCUACAGAGAAGACAGCCACUGUCCCAGUUCUCCAAUGACCUGAGGCUGUCCGUGCUACUCGCCCCACUCACUCCCCAUGCUCUACGCCCCCCACAACCACAUCCAAUGCCAGCAGUUUACCACCUAGGUAGCCCUGCUGAAAUCUAGGGAAACUAGGUUAUUGUGGAUGAGUUGCUUUUGUGCCUUCAGGAUGUGGAUCCUGUGGACUCAGUACAAAAUAAGACACACGAGUAUGGAGUGCAACUUUUUGCUAUUGUCAGGUUACAAAUAGGGCGGUGGCAUGGACAAAUGAUGCUGGGAAAGCUCAUUGGUCUCACUUCUGCCCGUUAACUUCUCCGUUCCUUUUGCCUAUCGUGGGCAGGUUUGGUUUGGUGUAAAAUCAGUUUUAACUGAUAAACUGUAACUCUAGUUAAGUUUCCAAUAAUUAAAUCUAAAUGUCUAAUGACGUUAGUAAAGUCCAUCGUAAAGGGCAUUUAUAUUAGAACAGCUGACAAGGUCACAAAAACCAUUGACUGCUGGGCAAUUUUUUAGUAAAAAGAAGUAUUAAACAAUGUUCCCAUAAUUUUGGAAAUUUAUUGGACUUAAGUAAAUAAUUAAACUUUCACAGCAAGUAUCGGUUUCUGAAUCAAAUAAAUGGUUCCUUAUUAGGGCAUAAUUAUUCGUCCUGUUUAUUGAAUAAUGUUAACUUACAAGACCGUAUUCUCUAUUUCUGAGUCUCGUGGACAUUGUAUUUUUUUUAAUUUUCCUACGGUGCUUUCAGUGUAGGUUAAUCAUAAUAAGCUUGAGAUGACCAGUGCUCUCACACUUUACUUGUUAAUUUAAAGAGGCAUUAUAAUUCUCAUCGUAUAGGUUCAAAUGGCUCCCCUCUUUUUUUUUUGUGAUAAAUAUUUGGUGGGCGAGAGGCAGAAAUUUUAUUGAAUAUGAUAAUGAAACAAUGAAAACUUCCUCGAAUUUUAUAUUGUAAAUUAAUCCUUCAACAGAGAUGGCUUUUGCAUCGUGGUAGUCACCAAGCUGGUCACUCGGUGUAUUGAAGUCCUGAACCACUUACUGGUUAACUCCUUAAUUGUUGUGACAGCCAUUGUUUUUAUGAGUAAAAUUUAUGCCACUUUAUGACAAUUUUGAACCUACUUUGACAUUGUACAUAUCAUCUUGAUUUUUAAGUAAUAAAUAUAUGUUGACUUUAAAUAAAUGGGUGCUAAUAGGGCAUUAUUCUCUCCGUCUUACUCUUGAUUUCCCAUCACUGCCAGUCAUUGUUGGUCCCUUAUACUCGCUCCACAUCUGACAUUUCAUCUUGAUGUGUCUGUAUGUCUUUCCUUUCCAAAUUUUAAGCUAAGUUUUCUAAUUGCUGUACAGUACGUUGAUUCCUAGAAAUGGAGUUCUUUAUUUCUUGCAUCAAUAAAUUUUAGUACUACCUCUUAUUAAGUCCCAUACUGCACUAGUAUUUUAAAAAGCUAUGUGAAUUUAAUAAGCAUUUUCUUAAAACUGUGCUUUAAAAGCUUUUAUCCUCUGAUUAAGAUUACAAUUUACAGAUAAUUUGUAUAUAACUGUGUAACAAAAAUCCACUUGAAAUAUUUAGAACAAGAAAAUCAAGUUAUAUUGAGAUACUGUAUAUUUUAUUUUGCCAUCAGUUUCUUCUCUCGCUCAUCAGUUAGCCAGCUUUCUGUACUCAAAAACUUUUCCCUAUUACAUAUUCUCGUAAGUUGAAUUGUCAAAAAGAUUCAUGUGAUUUUCCAUGUGUCAACAUUUCCUUAAAAUGCCUCUUGCAUAACAUGACAAUCAACCUUCGCUGGCAACGUCAUACUCAUACUUUCAUUAUUAUCACCUAGUGUAAUAAUCAUUAGUUUAAGUAUUCAUCACAUGCGUCUCCAUUUUUCUUGUUGCCAUGAAGCCUCAUGUCUGAACUGAGUUGUUAUAAGAAGUCAACUUCACUUUUGUUAAUUAUUUUGGUAAAAUCCUUUAUACUCUUUCAUCCAAUUAAUACUGUAAAAACCAUAGCCGUUAGUAAUAGUGCAGUGUUUUGCAAUUAUUUGUUGGAUAUUGAACUGUGAUAUGCAGAAUAAUGACGUCAUUCAUUCAACAUUCCUAAAGUGAGACCAGUUAACUGUUGGCCAGUGUUGGAGUGACAUGAAGACGCCAAGUAUGUUGUUACAUGUUAAUGACGCGGCCAUUCCAUUGACCAAUAGGUUUUGUCCAUUGGUGUGUGUUUUUUAUUGUCUUGUAUGGAAUGAGAAUGUUGUGUUCAAUUUUGUAUGCUUAAAGGAAACCACUGUAAGUCGUUAAAGGAUACGAAUGCCUUAUGUAAAUAGUUGUACAUGACUUAGAGCUGUUAAGUUAGUGCCUGUAUUGUGUUGUCCUGACAGAACCUCCUUGGGGUGAGUUCUUAUGAGUUUCUGGGACCCAGUAUGACAUUUGCUGACAUAUGAACUCAAAAGUUAACUUACAGAUCAGCCAUUACUCACCCCAGUAUUUCCAUUUGUAAUGUAACAUAUUUUGGGUUCGUUAAACUGUGGACCCUCGACAUAUAUUCCACAAGAUUACCUCGGGGCUGUUCCAGUGGUCUUAUGUACAGUUAUAAGUAGAGUUCCUCUAAAAGAAUGUUUUAACUUUUUGUACUGUAUUCACAACAUUGUUUAUUGUACAGAAAUGUGAUAAGCAAGCUGGACCCUGGAUCUAGCAUUAUAACUUAUAUCCGGAACUGAUGUACUUUCUGUUGCAAGAGGCAACUUUAUAGCCAACUGCAUAAUGUAGCCCGUGCCAUAAAUGCACCAGACACCUCAGGAGAUGUACAAUUCAGGCUGUUAUCCACUUAUUAUUGUGGCUAAGUUAGGUAACCAGCACAGUUUAAAAGGGAAGAUGAACACAUUUUGAAACUGUACAGACAUGGUUAUAAACCAAGUAAUUACAGUAAUGCAAUAGCUUAAGCAACUCUGAUGGGUACUUACCUAAGCAAUGAAUUGAUAAUAAAUCGUUUAUUGAAAUUACAAAUUAAAGUGCCAAAUACUAUUAAGGUUUGUAAUAGGUUAAGCCCAAUAGUGUGAUGGUAUUGCAGCCAGUUACUGUUUCAGGUAGAAGAAGUGUAGUUAUGCCAAAUAAGCUCGUCAUGAAGUCUUCAUGAGUUGGAUACCUUCAUUGUGUGAUUUAUCCAGAAAUUUUUAAUAGGGUCAUAUUUUUAUUGUUUCAAAACAAACAUUUACUAAAUGCAGAAGGAGGUUGCAUAGCUCAAGUAUUUUUAUUGUACUCCCUUUUGUGAUAUACAAGUGCCAUUUGAGAAUAAAAUGGACCAAAU